GCCAUGCUGCUGACGCGCGGGGCCGGCUCGAGCUCCUCGCUCCUCCGGGCCGCACUGGGCCUGGGGCCGAGGCCGGGGCCCGGGCCGGGAACGGGGAGGGCGGCGUCGGUGGCGCCCGGGCAGGGCUGGCUGCAGCCCGCGGGCUACGACACCGGCGUCAAGGUGUACAACAGCCUCACCCGGAGGAAGGACCCCUUGAUCGUGAGCAACGUGGACGCCGUCUCCUGGUAUUCCUGUGGACCAACUGUCUACGAUCACGCACACCUUGGCCACGCUUGCUCGUAUGUGAGAUUUGAUAUAAUUCGAAGGAUCCUAAGCAGGGUUUUCGGGUGCAACAUCAUCAUGGUGAUGGGAGUUACAGACGUGGAUGAUAAAAUAAUCAAGAGAGCCAAUGAGAUGAAUGUGUCACCUGCUUCUCUUGCCAAUCUUUAUGAAGAAGAUUUUAAACAGGACAUGGCGGCCUUGAAGGUUCUCCCGCCCACGGUGUACCUGAGGGUGACCGACAACAUCCCGCAGAUCAUUGCUUUCAUCGAAGGAAUAAUUGCUCGUGGGCAUGCUUACUCUACAGCAAAAGGCAACGUCUACUUCGACCUGCAGUCCAGAGGCGACAAGUACGGCAGGCUGGUCGGCGUGGCCCCGGGUCCUGUGGGAGAGCCAGUUGCCUCUGACAAGUGGCACCCCAGCGACUUUGCCCUGUGGAAGGCAGCGAAGCCCCAGGAGCCAGCUUGGGCCUCUCCCUGGGGAAACGGCAGGCUCGGCUGGCACAUCGAGUGUUCUACCAUCUGCAGCCUGGUGUUUGGAAGUCACUUGGACAUCCACUCGGGUGGGAUCGACUUGGCUUUCCCGCACCACGAGAACGAAAUCGCUCAGUGCGAGGCCUUCCAUCAGUGCCAGCAGUGGGGCAAUUACUUCCUGCAUGCUGGGCAUUUGCAUGUGAAAGGCAAAGAAAAAAUGUCCAAAUCCCUGAAGAACUACAUCACCAUUAAGGACUUCCUCCGGGCCGCCUCCCCCUACGUCUUCCGGCUCUUCUGCCUGCGGAGCGGCUACAGGUCAGCCGUGGACUACGGCGACGGCCCCCUGCUCGAGGCCCGGCGCCUGCUCCACGCCGUGGCCGCCUUCGCGGAGCACGCUCGCGCCUACAUGCGGGGCCAGCUGGCCGGCGGCCCCGUCCAGGAGGACGCGCUGUGGGAGAGCCUGGGCCACACCAAGGGGGCUGUGCAGGAUGCCUUAGCAGAUGACUUCAACAUGCGGGGGGCGGUGGACGCCAUCAUGGGCCUUGUCCACCAUGGGAACAGACAGCUCAAGGCGCCCUCAGAGGAGCCCGGUGGUCCCAGGAGCCCCGCCGUGUUUGGUGCCGUUGUGUCCUACGUGGAGCAGUUCUUUGAGAUGGUCGGCGUUUCCCUGGUGGACCGACAGUGUGCUGCAGGGGCUGGCGGCCUGGCCGCACUGCACAGCGUCGUGGAGGAGCUGGUCCGGUUCCGGCUGAAGGUCCGGCAGUUCGCCCUGGCCACGGGGGAGGCCUCUGGGGAGGCCCGGCGGCAGCAGCUCCUGGAGAGGCGGCCCCUACUGGAGGCGUGCGACGCACUGUGCAGGGACCUCGCCGCCCAUAGCGUCAGCAUCAAGGACAGGAGCAGCACGUCCACGUGGGAGCUACUGGACCCGAGGACAGAAGACCCCAAACCAGGGAGCUGAGGACUCAUGAAGCCCAGUCUGCCUUGAGUCCCGAUGAAAGCUUUAU